AUGGCGCCCCUCGAUCGCUUCCCACCCGCGCGCCUCGAUCCACUCCGCCCCGCGCGGAAAAGGAUCGACGAGGUUCCCUCUGAUUGGCUGAGCCGCAAGGCUGGGAAAGAUGGCCGAUCCCGAGCGGUGCUGGGAGUUGUAGUUCAGGCGACCUCUGAAGAUGACAUAAAAGAUCAGCAACGUCCUCUGAAGCAGUCUCUCAGCAGCUCGCUGUGCCGCGAGUCCCACUGGAAAUGCUUAGUGCUCACCCUCCUGAUGUUCGGCUGCUUCGGCGUCAUGGCCUGGUGCCGCCUCUCGACAGUGACCCGCCUGAACUACGACAACUCCUACCGAGGAGCAUCUCUGGUGUACCACGACAGCCCGUGCUCCAAUGGAUACAUCUACAUUCCGCUGGCCUUCUUGAGCAUGUUGUACGUGGUGUAUCUGGUGGAAUGCUGGCACCGGUUCGCCAAGGGACAGAGUCAGUAUCGGGUGGACACGGCGAGCGUCUACGACAAGGUGCAGCGCAUGCAGCAGGCCACCCCUUGCAUCUGGUGGAAAGCCGUCAGCUACCACUACAUCCGCCGUACGAGGCAAGUCACGCGUUAUCGCAACGGUGACGCUUAUACGACCACCCAGGUUUACCACGAGCGGGUCAACACCCACGUCUCUGAGACGGAGUUUGACUACUCGGGCCACGGGGUGAAGGAUGUCUCCAAGGAGCUACUGGGCCUCUCGGAUUACCCCGUGACCAAACUCCGCUUUACGAAAUGCUUCAGCUUCGCCACGGGCGAGGCGGAAGCCGCCUACCUGACGCAGAGGGCCCGGUUCUUCGGCGAGAACGAGGGCUUGGAUGACUACAUGGAGGCCCGCGAAGGGAUGCACCUCAAAAACGUGGACUUUAAGGAGCACAUGUUGGUCUUCCCGGAUCCGGGGCGCCCACCUUGGUACACGCGCCGGAGUGUCUUCUGGCUGGCCUCUUUCCUCCUGCUGUCCUGGCCGCUGAGAGUGUUGUCUGAAUACCGUACGGCGAACGUACAUUAUCACGUGGAGAAACUCUUUGGGGCAGACGACGGGCCCAGCCCGCUGGAUGCCGCGGGGAGCUACGGGCGGCGCAUCUCGCGUGUCAACACAGUGGACAUGACCGAACUGGAAUGGCACAUCCGUUCUAACCAGCAGCUGGUACCCAGCUACUCCGAGGCCGUGUUGAUGGACACCACGACG